AUGUUUGGAACCUUCUCUGCUUCUAGCUCACCCGCUCCGGCGAGAAAACCCAAGCGCAGCCAGGUAUCAAAGGCCUGCGACUCAUGCCGACUGCAUCGCGUGAAAUGCGAUACCGAAUAUCCAUGUCAGAAUUGCUCAAGCAAAGGUUGGCAGUGCAACAGCACGACUCGGCAGAAUCCGGGAUGGAAUCUCUCGCGCGCGAUGAGGUAUAAGAACGAAUGCCUCUGGCCAUGUGUCAAGCUAAACCUCACGGCUGACACAACUCACAGUGAGAUCGAUAGACUGAGAGAACGAGUGAAAGACCUUGAGGGACAGCUCAAAGAUACGAGCAUCCUGACGCCACCAGAUGAGCAUAGUCCAGAGCUCGCAUCAAGCGACUCUGCUCCAAGUUUCUCAUACGCUAAUAACGGAGUUCAACUCGACACUACGACAACUAUCCCCUCAUUAGCCCCGACCACUCAAUUCUACGGACCUUCGUCCACAUACUACUUCAUCCAUUGCAUCAGCCAGCGUCUUGAAGCAACUGGCUACAGCCUGAGUAGUGGCCAAGAGCCUCACAGUUUGAUACCCAACUCGGCAAGCAGAUCCAUGGUCAACGUCAUCAAUACCCCGGAUGCCGAGUUAGAUGUUCACCAAAGCUCGGAUGAUGGGGUAGCCGACCGACUGACGCAUGGACUGACUGAGAAAACCCUCUCUGGGAGAGACUUAUCGGCAACCCAAGAGGCCUAUUUCCUCGACCUAUUUUGGGACUCUUGGCAUUGCUGUUACCAGCUUCUCGACGAGGGAGAGUUUAGGGCACAAUACAAAUCACUAUGGGAUGAACCAACCGGUGGAUGCAGGGAGGACUCCCCUCUUGUCGAUAUUGUAUUAGCACUUUGUAUGCAAUUCGGCGUCACCUCGCUGCCUCGUCAAAGUGGCUACAGGGCAGAGAUCAAUUCCCGCGACGCAGCUGUGGCAGGCCGUUGGCUAUAUCAGCGCUGUCAAACGCUCAUAUCGUGUGACUUGGAGAGGCCAACGCUCGAGACCUUCCAGUGUCAGCUAUGGUCUGCAAUCUACUUGGCGAAUGCUUCUUACCAAAAUAUGGCACAGAACAUGUUGGGUGUUACAGUACGCACAGCUUAUACAUUGGGACUGCACAUUGAGCCAGGGAGCGAUCUACCGGUCAAAGAAAGAGAAGCGCGAAAAAGAGCCUGGUGCAUCAUGUUCAUCUUUGAAACGAGAUCAUGUAUUCGAUUAGGUCGGCCUUGGGUCACCCAAACACAGCCGGUUUCGCCAUUAUUGCCUACCAGCGACCGAUGCCAUGCUACAGUUGGCUUCGGCCAGACAAGAUACACCACUGAAAGAGCUAAGCUCACCGAGAUAGCUCGAUCAGCCUUUGAUAGUGCCUUCGAUUACCGACCGAGCGGCGAAGUUGCUACCACGACUUCCAACAGCCAAUCGAACCUUUAUACCUCUUACAUGGAGAGAAUGCGGGCCUGGGCCGAAUCCCUACCUCAUAUGCUGAAGACGGAGAGACGGAAUGGUGGAAAGCCUCUCUCAACUGAUCUCUCAGAGAUCGAGAUUGAGCCAUUUGCACCAGUCUUGCUACGGAGACAGCGCUUGAUGCUUGAGCUGUUCUACCAUGAACUGAUGCUUACACUUGGACGACAUUGCAUGAGCCAAUCUUUGACUCGUGCUGGAAGCAUACAGACCUCAUAUCAUGAGAUGGCAGACAUCGCAGUUUUGCAUGCUGCUGCGACGACGAAACUCCUUUAUCAGGUUUACCAAGAAUACGACAUCUUGAAUGGAUGGUACGAGCCGUUCAACUGCCAAUGGAAUGCUGCGAUAACACUUGUUGGAUAUCUCCUGUCAUAUCCCCAAGGCAGUACAACUGCUAUGAUCGCCCGCACGGCUCUGUCGCAAAGUAUUACGGUGUUAGAGAAGAUGGGCGACUUCUUUGGCACAUCUUCAAGUGCCGCUGGCGUGAUACGAACACUCCAUCAGAAGCUGGACAUUCCCGUCGAAGCUCCUAUGGCGAUGGACAGCAACACCAUCUCAGCCGGCACGGUCCAAGACAUGGACUUCAAUGAACUUGGGGCUUUGGACCUAUCGUUUGAAGGCAUACUGGGGACUUUUGGGACGGAAUCUGAGUUUGAGAGACUUGGCUUUGGUAUUGAUAUGCAGACUUUUCUAAAUAACGAUGCGUAG